AUGGUAGCAAGAAGAAGAGUGGCCGGGUCAUGUCGACUGGGCAAACUAUGGGCGGAUCUGUUAGCACGAUUUCCCUUUGUAGAGAUAAGCUCGGUGACAGAAAGCGCAGUAGUUAUGCACAGAAUGGCGGCGAGAGUCUUUGUGUACGGCACCCUGAAGCGCGGGGAACCCAACCAUCAUUGGCUGACCAACAAGGAGAAUGGCCAGGCCCGGUUUCUUGGUAAGGGGACGACGGCGGUGAAGUUUCCCUUGGUGGUUGGUACACGCUACAAUAUUCCUUUUCUGCUUGCCCGUCCCGGCGAGGGGAACUACAUAGAAGGCGAGGUCUACGAGGUGGACCAGGCCAUGUUCGGCAAACUGGACCAGCUGGAAGACUACCCAGACUACUACGACCGCGAGGAACAGGCCAUACUAACCGAGCAGAAUGAGACUAUCCAGUGCUGGUUGUACCUUAUCCGCAACUUUCCAGAAAAGAUACUGGCGAAGCCACUACUGUCCUCGUACCACAACACGCCGGUGCAGCCGUACAGUGAGAACUACCAAGACAGCCGACCGGAGGACCUCGAAACUGAUGACUGAUACACGGAAGCUUAUAAAAAAGUAACGUUUAUAAACGGAUUUCAACGCAUGGCUGUUAUUCGUAUUCUAUUACAUUGAUUCCAUACUUCAAAAUGCAAAACGAAAUGAA